UCGUCUAUUUGCCGAAUAUAGGACGAAUACUGAAUAUUCGUCUACUCGUACAAGUACGCAAAUAUUACUGUUCCGACUACUCGUAUACUCGUCGAAUAUACAAAGAUCACUGAAUGUUCGUCUACUAGCACAAGUAGACAAAUAUUGCCGUUCCGAUUACCCGUCUAUUUGUAAAAUUAUUUUGUAUUUUCCAUGUUGAGUUAAGUGUUGACAAUCAGUGGAGAAUAUUGUAAUGUAUAUUGUGGUUGUGUUUUUUAACUUAAAAUUUUAACUUUAAAACUUUUUUUAAUUAUUAUAGUGUAUUAAUUUAUUUAUAAAAAUAUAUGGAUAAACGAAAAAAAAUAGCAGCUCUCGAAGCAUUUUUAUUAUUAAAUAAAACAUAUAUAGAAUUAGUUGAAAUUAAAAAAGAACAAGAAGAAAAAAAAAUACCCAAAAAAAGGAGAUGGUGGAUGGUAUCAUACAACAAAAGUCGAGCAAGGUAUGAUGGCUCUGAUAUGUUAGCAGAUCUCCGGAUGGAGCCUAGUGGAAAAUUUGAAAAUUUUUGCCGUAUGUCAUCUACGGAUUUUGAAUAUUUGUUAGGUAAAGUAGGACCUUAUAUAUCCAGACAAGACACGGUGUUGAGAAAAUGUAUACCAACACAAGAAAGAUUAGCUAUGACGCUACGUUUUUUGGCUACUGGAGAUAGUUUUAAAAGCUUGUCAUAUCUAUUUAAAGUUUCAACACAAACUGUAUCAAGAUGUGUACAUGAAACGUGUUCUGCAUUAAUUGAUGAACUAAGAUAUGAAAUAAAGGUAUUAUGAAAAUUUAUUUCAA